CUCAGUUUCGAAACGAACUUCAAAGCUCGCGCAAGCGUACCGCAUCGGAAAACGCAUUCUCCGAUCGGAAAAUCAUCGCGACACACGAGCGAUCGAUCAGCCGGCAUUUUCUUGUGCGCCACUUUGGAUACGGUUUCAAAUCGCACAACGUGCCGCCAAGUUCCCUGGAAAAUGUGCGAAAAUUGCAAAUAUUUUGUGUUUCCAUGUGACGUAUGCGUAAUGUGACCACAGUGCGGAUAAAACGCUCUUUAGAUGUAUUACGAAAACGAAUUUAACGAAAAGGUGUAAAGGAAAAAUCCACAAGAGUACGUGCCACCAGAAAGUGCAAAAGAAGGGCACAUCGAACGAGGAAAAUCGACUUGAAAGGAUUUGCAGCUGGAACUGCAUCCAUCCAGAUACAGAUUCAGAUACAUGUAUAUAUGCCGUAUAGCAGUGCCGAUACAGAUACAGAUACAGAUACAGAUACAGAUACAUACAUGAGGCAGCCUGCGAAGCACAAAAGAUACAUGCCAUGUUCCCACUAACCAACCGCUCUUCGAGUGGCAAUCGCACCAACAACAAUCCCAGCAACAACAACCAGACCACAAGCUUUAUAAUCGGAGGCACCACCAAUAUUAACAACAACAACAACAAUCAGAUUGGUGGCACAAGCAGCGCUAAGGAUAAAGGAAAUUUUGAAAAUAAUUGGAGCUGCAAUAAAACAACCGGUCGUCGCUCUGGCAGUGGAAAUAGCUGCAGUUUUUUAGAUCUCCAGUCCAUCCGACGACUCCUGGAGCACGAUGCCAGUGGAUCCGUGUGCCCCUCCUGCCGCAUAUCCUUCGACAAGGGCAAGAGACGGAAACUGAUCGACACCUGCGGCCACGAGCGGUGCUAUUCCUGCAUGUUCCGCAACGACCAGUGCCCCAUGUGCAUGAACAGCUCGCUGAAAGAUGUUGAUGGCGCCAACGCUCAGGGCUAUGACACCGGAAUCGGUGGCUCCACAUCGACGAUAGUGAGUCCUCUGGGAUCCCCGCAGCCGCAGCUCAGAUCGCAUGCGCAACGGAACGCGGCUCUGGCGCGCUACAUGCAGCAGCACCGCCAGGAGUCGCAGUCGCCGGAUUACCACCAUCGCUAUGCGAGCAAUGGCAAACUGCCCCGAGCGACGGCACUGUCCACCAAUGGCAAUGGAUUCUCCACCGGCACCACGCAAACGGUCACAGUGGAUGUGCACCACCAUCUCGGCGGAGGAGGAGGAGGAGGAGUAGGAGGUGCCUCCGCCGCCAAGCAGUUGUUGGCCAACGGCAAUGGCAACGGCAUCAGUGGCCACAGCCGCAGCAGCAGCCUGAGCCACAACAUCCAUGCGGCGGCCUACAGCGAACUGAGUGCCGCACCACCGGCCUUUGCCACACCGCCGACGCGUAGGCGGUUCUUCAACCACAAGAAUCUGCGCAGUGCCCUCACUGGCGGAGGUGGUGGCGGUGGAUCGGGAGUCGGCGGCAUCGGCGGGGGAGCUGGAGGUGUGGGCGGUGGCCAUCGACGCACUGCCUCCAAUGGGGGUUGUCCCAUUGACACGGCAUCAAUCCUGUCCGGAGAUCAUCCUCAUCAGCAUCAUCACCAUGAUAACCAGCCGGAGGGCAAGGAGUCCAAUGCCCUAAACACAUCCACCUGCUCGGAUUCGGCGGUCACUCGGAGACGGCGGAAGAACGUCAGCAACCACAACCUGAAGACCUCCGCCCGCCAUGGAGCAAGUAGCGAGAAUCGCCUGAACAGGCUCAGUUUGGCCGGAACGUCCGUCUAUGCGGGUCAUCUGUCCUCUCUGGUCUUUGGCAAGAUCAAGUCCCUGUGGAGCGUGAACUCCUCCAACUCCAGCGAGGCGGGACUGAAUCAGUUAGCAGGAAGCGAUGCCCUUGACCACCACUCCUCUCUUCUAAACGAGAAGCUGCAGAAGGAUCAGCUCCACGCUCGUCUCGGUCUGCUGCUCAACGAUCCUGGCAGCAAUGGAAACAGCAGCAGCAGCGGAAGUGGUUGUGAACCCAUCUCGGCCCAUUCCACCACCAGCACCACGAGUAGCAGCGGCGUGGGAGCGGCCAGCACCACCACCAGUGGCUCCUCGCAGAAUGUCAGUCCGGAGCAAACGUUGGCCAGCGGAGCCGGAAUGCUUAGCGGCAGCCAGCUGUCGGUGGCCACCAGUCACGGGGUCAAGGAGGAUGCACUGAGCCUGUGCGGCAAGUUCAAGGCCGGCUGCUCCAUGCUGCACGUGUACGAAGCCUUGCCCAGCAAGAGUCGCAAGGGAAAUGUACGGAGAUCGACGCGUGGCCAGCAGGCAUCCAGUUCGAGCUCAUCGGCGGCAGCGGCAGUGGGUUCCAGGGUGACAGCCUCCACCUUGGCGGCUGUUCAGUUGGCCCUGAAGCCGUUGUUCUUUGAGGUGCCGCUGCAGGAGCCAGAUCCUCCGUACGUGGGUCGCCAGUGGCUGGUGCAGCAGUUGUCCAACAUCCUGCUGGGAACCGAGACACGGGUGGUGCUCAUCAACGGACAGCCGGGCACUGGAAAGACGGCAUUCUGCCUGCAGCUGGUGGAGUACUCAUGCUUUGGCCGCCGGCAGAUGCAGGAUGAUCCCGAUGGCAUUUACAGCCAGCUCCAGUUGGGCGCCCACUGUGAGCGCAUGCGCGGACUGGCCUCCCACAUGGUGGGCUAUCACUUCUGCCAGGCGGACGCCAAUCUCACCUGCCAGGUGCCGGAUUUCGUGCACUCCCUGGCCGCCCAACUGUGCCAGGCACCGCAGUUAACCGCCUACAGGGAUUACCUGCUGUCGGAGCAGCAUCUCCAGGACAUUCUCAGUGUGCGCGAGUGCAUCGCGGAUGCGGAGAGAGUGAUGAAGCUGGCAAUCCUGGAGCCACUCGCUCACCUUCACCGGGCGGGCAAGAUACCAGCCAAAGUGGCCGUCAUCGUGGUGGAUGCCUUGUGCGAAGCGGAGUACCAUCGUCCCGAUCAUGGUCACACCAUUGCCAGUUUCCUGGCACAGCUAACGCCGCAUUUUCCAGCCUGGCUCAAGCUGGUGGCCACUGUGAGGACCCAGAUGCUGGAGCUGGUGAAGGCACCCAGCUACACACAACUUACCCUGGACAGUUGGGCCAGCAGCCAGGCGCUGCAGCAGGAUAUGCUGGAUUACAUAGGCGCCCGGCUGGCAGAUAGUCCGGAAAUUCGAAUGAACAUCGGCGGAGGAGGAGGCCAGAACUCGCAGUCGGGCAGCCAACCGCAGACGAAGUUCGUGUCCCAUCUUCAGUCCCUAAGCAGGGGCUCCAUGCUGUACGCCAAGCUCAUCCUGGAUCUCAUUGCACGCGGCCAGUUGGUUAUCAAGUCGUCCAGCUACAAGGUGCUACCGGUCUCCCUCGCCCAGAUCUUUCUGCUGCACUUCAACCUGCGCUUUCCCACCGCCCGUAGCUUUGAGCAGGCUGCUCCGAUCCUCAAUAUCUGCCUGGCAGCUCUGUAUCCCCUGACGCUGGACGAGAUCUACUACAGCAUGGAGGCACUCAGUCACGGACGGGAGGCACUCAGUUGGCCGGAUUUCAUGCAACGCUUCAAGCUGCUGGAUGGAUUUUUGAUCAAGAGAUUGGACAACACCUACAUGUUCUUUCACAGCUCCUUGAGGGAGUGGCUGAUGCGACGGGAUGAGGGCGAGUCCAACAAGUUCCUCUGCGACGCCCGGCUGGGUCACGCCGGAAUCGCUUUCCGAUUGUCCCGGCUGCAGGCUCCAUUGUCACCGCAGCUCACGCUGGAACUGGGUCACCACAUGCUCAAAGCUCAUUUGUAUGGCGGAACGAGCCUGACGCUACUUUCUCCACGGGAUCUGCAAUCCUAUUGGUUGGCGGGUGCGGCGGAUAACAUCUCCUCCUCGCUGGGCGCCCUGCGAAAUGUCUACAGUCCGAACCUCAAAGUUUCCCGACUAGUUCUCUUGGCAGGCGCUUCACCGAAUCACCGCACGGACUACAUGGGAGGAGCUCCGAUCCUUUGCAUAGCUGCUCAUGAGGGCAUCCUUCCCAUGGUUAGCCUGCUCCUGGAGUUCGGUGCCGAUGUGGGCCUGACCAACAGUCAGGGCUGUACUCCCUUAAUUCUGGCCGCCAUGCGUGGCCACUGCGACGUAGUGCGUCCAUUGGUAGCCGCCGGCAGCAGCCUCGGCCAGUUGGACAUCACGCAGCGCUGUGCCCUCGUUCAUGCCGCCCGCAUGGGUCACCUCAGUGUGGUUAAGUACUUGCUCGCCUGCGACUGGUCACCACGACCGCACUCCCAAGAUGUCACCAGAUCGGUGGCCUUGCAGCAGGCACUCAUUGGAGCCGCCGCGCAGGCGCACUGUAAGAUCCUUGAGGAUCUUCUCGAUCUCAAUGAGACCGAGUUUGACCUGGACGUUAAUGGCAUGGAGCCAAGCAGUGGUGAACUGGCGCUAACCGCCGCCGCUCGUCACGGAUGCGUUGAUGUGGUAGGCAUCCUGCUCUCCCGCGGCGCUCAGAUCGAUGCAAGGAAUCGGCAGGGAUACUCGGCCCUUUGGCUGGCCGUCAAGGAGGGUCACUGGAGCGUGGUGGAGCAUCUGCUGCAACGUGGUGCCCUGCUGGAUGAACCCUUGGGACAGACAAGCAAGACGCCGCUAAUGAUCGCGGCGGAGGAGGGACACCUGGAGCUCGUUGAACUUCUGCUGGCUCGAGGAGCGGCACGGGAAGCUCAGGAUCACGAGGGAUUCACGGCACUCAGCUGGGCCUGUUUACGUGGCCACUUGGCGGCGGCCAAGACGCUCAUAGAACACGGCUGUAAUCGCCACCACGAGGAUCACAAUGGACGCACAGCCCUGGAUCUGGCAGCCUAUCAGGGAGCCGCUGGCCUGGUGCUCUAUAUCCUUGAGCAGGGCGGCAAUCUGGAACACAUCGAUGUGCAUGGAAUGCGACCACUGGAUCGGGCCAUUGCCUGCCGCAACAUCCAGGCCGUACAGGUGUUCCUGCGCAAGGGUGCCAAGCUGGGACCGACCACCUGGAGCAUGGCCAUGGGCAAGCCGGAGAUUCUGGUGAUACUGCUCAACAAGCUGCUGGAGGAUGGCAAUGUGCUGUACCGGAAAAACCGCUUCCAGGAGGCUGCCCAUCGCUACCAGUAUGCCCUGCGCAAGAUCUCCGGACUGGAGCAGUUGCUCGAGAGGAAUGCCAUCUUCGCCCAGCUGCGGACCAAUCUGCUGCUGAAUCUGUCGCGCUGCAAGCGAAAACUGAAUGAACUUGACGCCUCCAUAGAUUUGGCCACGCAGGCGAUUGCCCAGAAGCCGCACAGCUACGAAGGAUACUACGCCAGGGCAAAGGCGCGCAUGGAACUCGGUGCCCUGAAUGAGGCGCUGGUGGACGCCAAUGAGGCGAUGCAGCAGGCCGCCCAAAGUGGUGUGCUCUGCGAAGUGGUCGAGGUGCUGAAGCGCAUCCAGGCGGAGUUGCUCACGCGGAUCAGCAUCAGCAGCGAGGAUCAGACCGGCAGAAUGUCCAAUAUCGGCGGCGGUGCAUCCGUCGCAUACGAAUCUCAUCACGAGAUCACCGAUUUGUAAAUGUCGAUUGUUGUGUAUUGUUGUACUCGUCGUAUACCCUUCGAAUUAAUCGCUAUUCCUACUUAAGAGCUACCCUAGACCUUACUUUUUGCUAUUUAUUGCCUUCGAAUGUUUUUAAUUUAAACCCACUGAAACUAUCCUUGUAAUUUCUUUUUUAAUUGUCUUUUUAAUUUUGUGUCUACGCAUGUAAAAAUUAGUUUUAUACUCUGAUUUAGCAUAGGCAUCAGUUCUUAUCCAUAACGAAUAUUAAAUAAAUGCGAAUUCAUUUAAGAUUGAAUAAA